AAUGUAGGGUUAAAAUAGCCUAUAUACCAUUCAUGAAUCAAGAGAAAGCCAUUAUUAUUUUUAGCAUGCGUGUUUGACCUCCAUUCGAGAAGAACAUCCGGAUAUGGCCUGCGCUCGACUUCCCUCCCCGAGGAGGAGCGCCGAGCGCGAGUGUUUGACCUCCAUCCAGGAAGAACAUCCGGGUAUGGUCUGCGCUCGGCUUCCCUCCCCGAGGAGGAGCGCCGAGCGCGAGUGUCUGACCUUCAUCCAGGAAGAACAUCCGGACAUGAACUUCCGGUUCUUCAGCAUUCCAAAGAAGACCGACCGGGGGGCUACUCAGAUCGAGAGGGUCCCGGUGAAUCCUUCUCCCAACAAAGGGAAAGGGAAAACAAGGACCAAGCAGGUGGCCACCACCCAUCCAGCGGCCAAGAGGAAAAGGGGAGAGAAUGUCCCGGUGGUGGAGUCUCUGGAGGAGCUCUGGGUGAAAAUGGGGCGCUGGCUAAAAGAGAUGGACAAGGUUGGGCCUGACGCCCUAGAGCAGCUCACCGAUGAUUCUCCCUCCCGGUCAUCUCAGUUGGAGGAGAAGCUGAAGAGGGCCGUGGCCCAUAACCGGGAGCUCCAGGACUUGACGGCUCGGCAGCUCGAAGAGAUGGCCAACCUCUCAAGGGUGGUCAGGAAGGCGAACGCGGAGAUCCUCCAGCUAAAGGAGGAGAACUCAACGCUUAUGGGGGAGGUCUCCUAACUAAAGGAGGAGGCGAAGCUGAAGGAGCAAGAGCUGCCCGGUCGAGCCAAACAGUGGAUGGAGGAGAAUUUGGUAGAAGUUGCCCGGGUAAUCACUUCCUUUGAAGAAAGAACCAUGGAGGGCUUCAAGCUGCUAUACCGGGAGGAACAUGGAAAGAAAAUGAUCACUCAGAU